UGUGUUUAUGCUUCUUCUUCAAUGCAUGAUUUAAGUCCAAAUUUUAUUAAUCAACAACAACAGCAACAACAACGAAUGGACAACAACAAUAAUAAUAUGGACAAUUUCUGUUGGCAUAUUUAUAAGCAGCAAUUACGGGCAUCAGAAUGCCGUCUUGUUGUAUUUAGUGAAAAGGACACUAGACUUUUAUAUGACUCGGCAACUGUUGUAGCUUUGGCUGAUCGUUUUGUAUUUGGAUCACAUUUGUCUCAGUGUGGACGUUUUCAGUUCCUCCCACAUAAAUACGACACAUUGAAAAUUGCCAAAAUGCUUUUUGGUACAAUGCCGGCUGCUUUGAAGUCUGAUUCUCUCAAAAUACAUACACUCAAAGACUCAAAUUCAGUAAUGAUUUCAAGAGUGUUUUCUGUACCUAAACUUGGCAAGUAUUCUUCUACUCCGUUUAAAACUAAGUUUGUUUUUAUUUUUUUCUGA